AUGACAAAGUUCUACCAGCACAUCCUGGCUUUGGUGUUUGCUAUUGAUGAGAUCAAUGAGAAUCCCAGGAUUUUGCCCAAUGUCUCUCUUGGAUUCCACAUCUAUGAUAACUAUUAUGAUUCAAAGAUGGCCUACCGAACAACUCUGGACCUGAUCUUUAAAUCACGUCACUUUUUUCCAAACUACAGAUGUGGCAUCCAGAAAAAUGUAAUAGGAGUCAUUGGGGGACUUAGCUCUGAUACUUCCUGGUGCUUGGCAAACGUCUUAGGUCUUUUCAAGAUUCCACAGAUUUCAUAUGGUUUGUUUGAACCGGCCAUAAAUGAUGGAACCAAGUUCUCUUCCUUUUACCGCAUGGUCCCCAAUGAAGACCUUCAGUAUCAGGGAAUUAUCCAGUUACUUCUGCAUUUCCAAUGGAAAUGGGUUGGGCUCGUGACUACAGCUAAUGAAGCCGGUGAACAUUUCUUACAGACAAUUGAAGCCAAGUUUUUCAAGAAUGGAAUCUGUUCAGCAUUCACAGAAAGAGUUGAACUCAAUCUGCAUUUUAAUGGUAACUUUCUAGAAAUGGUGGAUGACACAAAGAUAUUGUUACCAACUUUCACAACCAGCAAAGCCAAUGCGGUUCUUGUAUUCGGAGAAAGCAGAUUUAUUCUGUGGUUGGCAAAUGCUUUAACGGUGAUGGAGUUAUCCCAGCUACUAUUUCCUCAUAUGAAGUCACGUGAAGGAAAACUCCACUCAUUCCUGCAGAGAAUCUCAUUCAACAACAGUGUUGGGGAUGAAAUUACAUUAAAUGAAUAUGGAGAAUUAGCAGCUGGCUUCGAUAUGAUUAACUUGGUCACGUUCCGAAAUGGAUCAUAUGUCAGGGUCAAAGUGGGAAGGUUGGAUCCUCAGGCCCCUCCUGGCAAAGAGUUCACCAUUAAUGAGGACAGAAUCAAAUGGCACAGAGACUUCACUAAGUUUUGCUGCUAUGAUUGUGAUCAAUGUCCAGAAGGAAUGAUUUCAAAUGAGAAAGAUAUGGAAACAUGUGUCAGUUGCCCAGGAGAUCAAUAUCCAAACAAAGACCAGGAUCUAUGCAUUCCCAAAAUUCCAAACUUCCUGGGCUUUGAUGAAACCUUGGCCAUUGUUUCAACUUCUUUUGCGCUUCUGUUCUCUCUUAUCACAAUUCUGGUCCUUGGCAUCUUCAUUAAGCAUCGCAAUACAGCCAUAGUCAAAGCCAACAACAGAAGCCUCACCUACGGUCUCCUUAUCUCCCUCCUCUUGUGUUUUCUCUCUUCUUUGUUGUUCAUUGGAAAACCUAAUAAGGUGACUUGCCUUCUCCGACAAACUGCUUUUGGCAUUGUCUUCUCUGUGGCCCUCUCCAGCAUCUUAGCCAAAACCAUAUUGGUGGUUUUGGCAUUCAUGGCUACCAAACCAGGAACCAAUAUGAGGAAAUGGGUAGGCAAAGAACUGGCUUAUUCCAUUGUCUUUUCCUGCUCCAUUGUUCAAGUAGGGAUCUGUGUCCUCUGGCUGGCAACCUCUCCCCCAUUCCCAGACAUGGACAUGCACUCAAUGACGGGAGAAAUCAUAUUUCUUUGUAAUGAAGGGUCAGUCCCCAUGUUCUAUUGUGUUUUGGGCUACAUGGGCUUCCUGGCCACAGUGAGCCUCACGGUGGCCUUCCUAGCCAGGAAGUUGCCUGACACUUUCAACGAAGCCAAGUUCAUCACCUUCAGCAUGCUGGUCUUCUGCAGUGUUUGGCUCUCCUUCAUUCCAACUUAUCUGAGCACUAGAGGAAAAUACAUGGUGGCUGUGGAGAUCUUCUCCAUCUUUGCUUCUGGUGCUGGGUUACUGGUUUCCAUUUUUGCCCCUAAAUGCUACAUUAUUGUGGUGAGGCCUGACCUGAACAACAGAGAGCAGUUAACACAAAGAAAGUUAUAA